AUGGUGAUAGAAAAUGACACUCUUAGAAAAGAUAACUAAAGCUUAAAUAGAUCCUUAAAGAAUAGUUAGUCAGCAAUCAUGGACUUAAGUACUAAUUUUUCUUAACCUCUCUUUGACAAUAUUAAUAAUGAGCUCAGUCAUGUGACUGAAGAACUUGAAAUAACUCGGCAAUAGCGAGAUGAAAUAGUCAAGGAAAACCUUAUUCUAAAGUAAAUAAACUCUUUUUAUAAGCAUAAAAAUGAAAUUGAAGACAAAGUCAUGCUUGAUAAGCUAUUUAGUCAGGAGCAAUUGCUAUUGAAAAAAGAUAACAUAAUAAAGUCAUAAUAGAAUUAAAUAGUUGAAUUACAGAAGACUAAUGAAGAGAGAGGAGUCAAAGUUGUUGAGAAAUACAUACUAGAGCCUACUGAGUGGAACAUGAAAUUCCAAAAUUAGAGUAAGCUUAUUGAGUAAAAAAAUUAGGAUUUGCUCAAAAAAAUUAGUCUGCUUAAUAAGCAGCUUGAAAAAGAUUAACUCAUGCUAAAGUAGUUACAAAAUGAAGUCACUUAAAAUGAAAAAAUCAUUAGUGUGCUAAGACACUAGAUAGACAGACUAAAAUAGGAAAUUACUUAAAGUUUCCAAAAAUCUUCAAUCGAAGGUCACCAAAGUUAUCUAUAGCAAACAAAGAAGAUUGAGGAGCAGACGUAAAAUCAAAUUUAAACAAUCGUUAAUCAGUAUGAAAUGGAAAGAUCUUAGAAUAAAAAAUAGAUGGAAUUAAUUCAGUCGCAAAUUAAUAAACCUGAUAUCAUCAUGUAGGACUCAAUAAACAAAUCGAGUAUUAUAUUCAAUGAAAAUGAUUUGACUUAAAAAUAAAUCGCUAGUAAAGGAAUAUCUAUCAACGCUGUUUUAUAGCAAUUUGAUUCAGUUAAAAUGAAUUCGUAGCACAGUUAUGAGGAUCAGUAAUAAGCUAAAAACAUAGCUGCAUUGGACUUUGCUUUAUCAUCCAUCAAUAGUAAUUCGAAUGAGCGAAUGAAUAUCAUAGUCUAGGAACAAAUAAUAGUUUAAAAAGAGAGUGUGAGAGAAGAGGAUAAACUAUUUUCAUCACUUAAAAAUAAUAGUACCAAAAAGGAAUCAUUAAAUAUGCACUCAAAUAAAUACUAAGAUACAAAUCUAGAGGAAAGUGCUGUUGAUUUUUAAAUCGAUGAAGAACUGUUUUAAAAGAGCUAGAAUCAUGAUAAAUUAAAGGCAAAAGUUCCAUAGCUUGAUUUUUUCAAGUUGCCUAAUUAUAUUCCUGCAAAUAAAUAAUAGAAUUAAAAACAUGAAACUGAGGAGAUCAAAAUAGAAUAAACAGAGUAAUCUGGGGCUAACAAGCAAGUUAAGACAUAAAGUAGCAUAGUUAAGUAGUCUAAACAAUCGUCCAAAAAGACUAAGUCAAAUAUAUCGUAGUCUUUAAUCAAGGAAACUUCUAAAAUUUAGGAAACAACUCAAAGUAUUAAUCAGUCCAAGGUAGGAGGGCUAAAUGGUGCAGGAUUGUUUGAUGCACCAGAUUCAGAUAAUAGUCAGGACUCAGAGACAAAUAGAAAAGAUGAUAAACUAAGAGAGCUUUUACAAAUAAAGCUGACAAGUCAAUAGUCUGAAUAGAAUUUCUUACAAACUGAAUAAUCAAUUAUCCAAAAAUAACCUCUAACGAUAUAAAAUUUGCCAAACAAUGUAAUCUUCGAAGAAAUCUAGGUGAUUGGAUAGUAAGAAAUGCAAGUUAUAUCAUCAAAAAGUGAAAGCUAGAAAUCAUCAAAAUCUGAAAGGCCAAAGGUUAUAACCAUAAAUGGUAGAAACUUUGUAUAACUAGGGGGAGACUCUGAAUCUGAGGAGUCUAACAGAAAAAUACCUUCUCCAGUAGUAAUUCAAGCCAGGCCAUUAUCUAAUUAAAAUAACUAAAAUAAAACUAAGUUUAUCGAAGAAGUAUUUGAAGAAAUAGUUGAAGAAGAGGAAGAGGAGAUUGAAUCUGGAGAUGAAGAAUAAAGAUAACCUGACAUUUAAAAGUAACAAAUAUAAGCUUAGAUUAAAAAAUAAUCUCUUAAAAAUACUCAGGAGGAUGUAGAAAUUAUCGUUGAAGAGGAUAUGGAGAGUGAAAUAGAAUCUAUUAAACCUCAAGCAACUCAGCUAUAAGAAACUUUUGUCUAGUCUAAACCAGUAGAUAUAUUGGGAAAGUCUUUAGCAACUUACAUAAAAUAGAAAUCAGGUUAAGAAUCUAAGACUGCUGUAAGAAACUUUGACUAGAAUAUGGAAACUGAAAUAGUAAUUGAGGAAGAAGCAGAGGAAGAAAUGAGUGAUGAUAGAUUUAGAUAUGAUAAUUCUUCAAUGAAUCAGACUCAAAAGCCACCUUAGACAGUUAAUCUGAAUAAAUCUUUUGUUGAAAAGCAAAAUAACUAAAGCAGGAAUGACAUUAUUACUAGCUAAUAAGUGAAACCUCAAACUUAAAAGUAUGAGCCGAACCCGUUCAUAAGCAGUCAAUAAAUUGCUGACGAAGAAGAAGAGGUAAUAGUAGUAGAAGAGGAAUAGGAAGAAGAACCAGAUGAUGAAUUUUAAGAUAAUACCAUAAUUCUCAAAUAAGAAAUAACUCCAAUAAUAAAACCUCAGGUAAAAUAAGCUUUUACUUCAAAUAGAAACUCUGCAAAUAGGUAAAGUAACGUCGGCAAAAGAGCAUAAUAAGUUUUCUAGAAUUUACUGUAUAUGCCAGAUGAGUAAAUUGUUGUAGAGGAGGAAGAAGAGGAGGAGACUGACAAAGAGGAUCUUAGCUAAUUGUAGAAACUAAAAUCAAGUGUGAAGAUUCAAGGAUUGUUCAGUGAAACUUCCUUCAGCAUGAGUUAAACUCAAAAGCUUUAGUAGUCUGAAUAAAAAUAACUAAAGACAGAUGAGGAAGAAGAUUAAGAAAAAAGAACGGAAGUGAUUGUUGAGGAAGAGGAAGAAGAAGAAAUUGAUGAAAAUGAAAAUCUGAAGCUGACUGUAAACAAUUUAAAUCAGCAAACUUUAAAAUCUAAUCAAUUAAGAUAGACUCAAACCAUCAUGCAAGGAUUCAUGAUUGAAGAGCCCUAGAGAAAACAGAGCGAAGAGACUGAAAUUGUAAUAGAAGAGGAAGAGGAGGAAGAAGUAGAUUCAGAUCAUGAAAAUAAUAAACACUAUCAUUCAACAAUAUCGAAUAACACGAAUGCUAAUCAUCUCCAGAGCAGGUCAAUAAAUCAACCUAGAGAUGUGAAAUAAGAUACUCUGAACUUUAAAGAUCUCAAUUUGAGAUAAAAUAAAUAGCAAGAAACUGAGAUUGUAAUUGAGGAAGAGGACGAAGAAGAAAUAGAGUCAAUGCAAGACUUGGAAGAAGAUAAGAAGUAGAACAAACAAGAGUAGAUUAAAAAUAAUGUGAUUAUUAUCCAAGAUAAACAAAUAAGGACUUUAAGUAGUCAGAAACAAGAUGAUUAAAACUUAGAAGAUGAUGUGGAAUACAUUAUUGAAGAAGGUGAAGAGGAAGAUGAUCAAGAUGAUAAUAAUUGA